CGCUCGCGGCGGGCCCUUUCCCCCGAAGUUGGCUCCAGCGCCAGCAGCCGCAUUGGAUCCCACGGCCUACUGCGAGACUCCGGUGUACAACCCGGAUCUCUGCCCCAACAUGAUCGCGGCGCAGGCCAAACUGGUCUACCAUCUCAACAAAUACUACAACGAGAAGUGCCAGGCCCGGAAAGCGGCCAUCGCCAAAACCAUCCGGGAAGUGUGCAAAGUGGUGUCGGAUGUGCUGAAGGAGGUUGAGGUGCAGGAGCCCCGCUUCAUCAGCUCUCUCAACGAGAUGGACAACCGCUACGAGGGCCUCGAGGUCAUCUCGCCCACCGAGUUCGAGGUGGUGCUCUACCUCAACCAGAUGGGCGUCUUCAACUUCGUGGACGACGGCUCGCUGCCCGGCUGCGCGGUGCUCAAGCUGAGCGACGGGCGCAAGCGGAGCAUGUCCCUCUGGGUGGAGUUCAUCACCGCCUCCGGCUACCUCUCUGCGCGCAAGAUCCGCUCCCGCUUCCAGACGCUGGUGGCCCAGGCGGUGGACAAAUGCAGCUACCGGGACGUGGUGAAAAUGGUGGCGGACACCAGCGAAGUGAAACUGCGGAUCCGAGAUCGGUACGUGGUGCAGAUCACCCCGGCGUUCAAGUGCACCGGGAUCUGGCCGCGCAGCGCGGCCCACUGGCCGCUGCCCCACAUCCCCUGGCCGGGCCCCAACCGGGUGGCCGAGGUCAAGGCCGAGGGCUUCAACCUCUUGUCCAAGGAGUGCCACUCCCUGGCCGGCAAGCAGAGCUCGGCCGAGAGCGACGCCUGGGUGCUGCAGUUCGCGGAGGCCGAGAACAGACUGCAGAUGGGGGGCUGCCGGAAGAAAUGCCUGUCCAUCCUCAAGACCCUGCGGGACCGGCACCUGGAGCUGCCGGGCCAGCCCCUGAACAAUUACCACAUGAAGACGCUGGUCUCCUACGAGUGCGAGAAGCACCCGCGCGAGUCGGACUGGGACGAGUCGUGCCUGGGGGACAGACUCAACGGCAUUCUGCUGCAGCUCAUCUCCUGCCUGCAGUGUCGCCGCUGUCCCCACUAUUUCCUCCCCAACCUAGACCUGUUUCAGGGCAAACCGCACUCGGCGCUGGAGAAUGCCGCCAAGCAGACGUGGCGCCUGGCGCGGGAGAUUCUCACCAACCCGAAAAGUUUGGAAAAACUUUAGAGGCCGAUUUAAUCGCGACUCGACACGAAGACACUUCCCAGCGUGCCGAUUACGUUGGAACUUCCUGUUCCAUUCCUAGCUACUCUUCUAGUUGACGAUGCAAACGAUCUCUUCCUUGAAAAGGAGUAACACAAGCCUUCGGCAUCAUCUCAGCCACCCCUCCAAGGGGCGGAAAAGCAGCGGAGGAAGCGGAUGGAGAAAAACCCAAACUCGCAAGUAUUAGAAGAUUUCUUUACCACCGACUUUCUAGCUCCGGGGAAAGGUCCACAGUAAGACCGGAACACAACCCGGCUGCCUUGCAAGACCGCAGUGAGCACUGCCUGACUCUCAGAGGAUUACAACGGUCUCGGCGCCCUAGGUACAGCUGCCUGCGAGUCCACGCGGUUCGGACGCGCCAGCGGAAGGAAUGCGUAAUGUAUAUUUUGGUUUGUAACAAAUAUUGUCAGCUCACAUUGUCUUUGAAAGUGUGGAUGUUGGUGUUUUGUGAUUUGGUGAGCAGAGGUUACGUUGCCAUUUGGGAGACUGGCGGACAUUUUCCACUAACAAAGAUGCCAUUUAAGGUAGAUUUUCCUCCGGAUACUUUUCCCUGCC